CCCAAUCGAGAGUAUUUUGAAAACGCGCAUGACAUCUACCUUUUCCGCUACAAUACGUCAAAAGAGUGACGACAAUGAAGCAAAUAGUAACAAACCAAACUGUUAAAAUCCCCGAAGGAAUAACAGUGAGCGCGAAGUCGCGUCUCGUCACCGUCAAGGGACCCAGGGGCACCCUGAAGCGGUGCUUCAAACACUUGGCUUUGGACAUUCGCAUGGUCAGCCCCAGGCUCCUGAAGGUAGAAAAAUGGUUCGGAACCAAGAAGGAACUGGCCGCCGUGAGGACCGUUUGCUCUCACGUCGAAAACAUGCUGAAAGGCGUCACGAAAGGCUACCAAUACAAAAUGAGAGCCGUGUACGCUCAUUUCCCCAUCAACUGCGUUACCACCGAAAACAACUCAGUUAUCGAAAUCAGAAAUUUCUUGGGGGAAAAAUUCAUCCGAAGAGUACGAAUGGCACCCGGUGUGACUGUAGUGAACUCGCAGAAACAGAAAGACGAGCUAAUAAUCGAAGGAAACUCCCUCGAAGAUGUAUCGAGAUCUGCGGCUCUCAUCCAACAAUCCACCACCGUUAAAAAUAAGGAUAUCCGUAAGUUUUUGGACGGAUUGUACGUAUCCGAAAAGACAACGGUCGUACAAGAUGAGUAAAUUUAUUAAAAUAAACUUAUUAUAAACGUU